AUGGGCCAGAAAUCCAUAUCGUUGCCGGAAGCUCCCGGAACAGGCCAUAACGUUACGCCCCAUCGACAGAGGAGAUUCGCACUCAAGGUUCGGACUGGAUGCAUCACAUGCAGCCUUCCUGUCAUCGCUGCACCUCGACAGGGCGCAAGUGUGAUGGAUACAUCAUUCCUGGGGGCUGCUAUUCACAAGCCACAACCGUCCCUCGCUCAGCCAAUACCAGGGAAGCUUCCCGAAGAGAGGCAGGCCCUGUACAUGUUCCGGACCAAGAUUGCCACGUCGAUCGCUUCUUCCCUUGAUCUUGGAUUUUGGACUGACGAUCUUUUACGAAUGGCCGAGGCGUACACAACUGUUCAGCACGCCGUUGCUGCGCUGGCUACAGCUUACUGCUCAUCAAUCCUUUAUGAGAAUGGGUGUCGAACGAAGGAGAGGCAGUUUAUUCUGACUCAGUAUAACAAGUCGAUCAGCGCUUUGCAACACUGCCUAAGCAGUCCUAAACUCACCAGAAACCAUCAGGUCAUCAUCUUGAUGGUGAAUAUUGUAUUUAUCUGCAUAUGCGCCGUUCAAGGGCUCCAAAAUGAAGCCUGUCUUCAUCUUCGUAACGGCCUGUCUCUACUCAACGAAUGGCAGCUGGGGGCCGAGGAGGGCCAUGGGCUAGAAUCGACACCAACCUCUGUGAAGUUCCUAGCGACUCUGUACACUCAGCUGGACACACAAGCUCGGGUCGUUAUGGAAUGCAGUUUUCCACACAAGACGAGACUCUGGCCCCCGCAUGCUGUCACACUUGAUGGCUGGGGUAGUGGACAUCUUGCCACUAUUACCAAGGCUGCCAGCCAGCUUGAGAGACUGCACAAUGAAUCCAUUCAGUUGACAACACCAUCAGAGCCAUCAGACCGUGAAAAUAUCCGCCCCCAUCAGCAUGCAACAUUACAUCGCAACCUGCAAAGCUGGGAUCUUGAUUUUGGUGGGCUUUUAUCCCAAGGAGGCACUCCCAUUAAGUAUCUGCAAAUCCGAAGGCACCUGACCGGGGCAAGCUUUGAGCUUUGGUGCAGCAAUACAAGCAAAGAAAUGGAGCAUAACCCAACCUGGGCCAGCGAGAUUCUGGAACUAGUCAAUGAGAUCAUGCAAGGUUCGAGAUUCUCAGAGGCAAGCGUGGUAUUCACCCCCGCUGGAGGUUUGAUCGAGGCGCUUUACUUCGUGGCCACAAGAUGCCAUGAUGCCGGAGUUAAGAGGGCUGCUAUUGAAAUGUUGGAGAGGCGUCCCAUACUUGAGGGGCUGUGGAACAGCUCGAUAGCAUAUGCAGCUCUACAUAAACAUCGUGCAACAUGGUAG